AAACCUGACUUUAACAAACCAGGUGGAGAUACGGAAUUGAUUGGAGACAUCUGUGAACCAGGAUGGGCAGCUAAUAUAUCUUGCAGAGCCGCCAUGUAUCCUGAUGUUCCCAUUGAACAGCUUGGACAAACAGUGGUGUGUAACGUCUCUGAGGGGCUAGUAUGCAAAAAUGAAGACCAAAAGCCAGGUGGGGUCAUUCCUAUGGCCUUCUGCCUCAACUAUGAGAUGAACGUUCAGUGCUGUAAGUGUAUCACCCAACCCACGACCAUGACAACCACCACCACAGAGACCCCAACCUCAACACCCACCACAACCAUCACCACCACAGAGACUCCAACUCUGACACCCACCACCACAGUGACUCUGACCCCAACACCCAUCACCACCACCACUACAGUGACCACAACAACCCCCACCAGCACACAAACCCCAACCCCAACGUUGACGACCACCACUACAACACCAACCCCAACACCCACCAGUACACAGACCCCAACCCCAACACCCAUCACCAUCACCACCACGACAGUGACCUCAACCCCAACACCCACCAGCACACAGACCCCAACCCCGACAUCCAUCACCACCACCACUACAGUGACCACAACCCCAAUAUCCACCAGCACACAGACUCCAACCCCGACACCCAUCACCACCACCACGACAGUGACCCCAACCCCGACAAUCAUCACCACCACCACUUCU